AUUUGACAACAAAUUAAAUUCUAUUUGAAACUGUUUAACAUAAUUUAAUUGUUUCUAUAAUAAAUCAUUUUUUUAAUCUGAUUUUUAAAUGUUUUAUAUUUUUACAUAUUCUGUAAUCUUUUCUCUGUUCUCUGUCUUUCGUCUUCUGUACUCUGUAAUAAUAUUACAUUAAUAUUAAUUAAAAUUGUAUUUCACCACGUACAGAGUUUUAAAUCAAUGUUAUAAUGAUUAUUCAAAAUAUAAAAAUUGAGCAAACAUACUAAAAUCAAAUUGAAUGCGAAUUUGACCAUUUGACUUUGCAGUUCAAUGAAAUGGCCCAAUUCAUGAAAGCAUUUCGAUAGAAUGAUUGUCAGAGUCAUCAAUCGUGUAAAUGUCGACAUCUCGUCCUCCAAUCCCAACCCUAAACACCCACUUAACAAACGAUUGGAAUAUUUUAAAUGACCCCAAUUUGUGUGAAUUUAUUUCGUAUUUUAAUGUAUAAUGAUAAAAAAAGGAUAAAAACAUUGAGAGACAAUUUAGACGUUUGUAAACAUUCUUUCGAAUGGCCCCGUACGAUUGGUGAAGUCCGCGAAUCCGGAGUCGUUCGAUGCGAACCCGCCAUCCCGGAGCCUUAGGUUCGCCAACGCUCUGGCAACAAUUUCUGGUCGAGUGUGGCCCCCUGGCGAAUUCGCAUGCGCCAAUAGGCCAAUCCGAAACAGUGAACGGAAUUGGAAACAACGACGGGGAACACGGAGCCGUAGUCCAUCGUUCAAUCCGGGCGCGACUCAUCACCGCUCCUCUUGCAGGACUCCACACCAAUCUGGACUCCUGCCACUGUUAUAAAAAAAUCGCGGCCGAUCUGUGGUUUUGUGGUGAGCCGUUCCGAAGGGUUUUUAAUAGUUCGGUUGGACGGGAUUCGGAUUCUGCAGCAGCUCACGCUAAUUGCAGAAAAUGCGACGAACAAGUCGUCACAAAUUCCUAAAAAUAACAAUAUUCUUUCUCUUCUACUGCAUAAUCUACGGCCUGUGUGCGAACUCCAACGACGAAAAACCCCAUCAAAAUGAACACCCACCGGAGGAAAAAGUCGAUAAAGCGAAAGAAGUGAAAGAACCCGAAGCGGCGACCGAAAAAACCACCACAACUUCGACCACCACAACCACCACAACGACGACGACGACCACAGCAAAGCCAACCACAACGAAGCACACGUCGACUGUCAGGACCACGACGCCGAAACCUGUCACCACAAAGGCGACGACGACGGUCAAGCCGAAAACGGAAACCACCACCCUCAAACCCACCAUUCGUCCCACCUCCGAGGCGAACUCCACCGAAAAAAAUGUCACCGAGGAUUGCACACCGCCGGCAAUCAAACAGUUCCCGCAUCCUUUAAUAAGCCCUUCGGCGCGGAAACACGGAGCCCUCCUGAUACACAUUAUUGUGGCCGUUUAUAUGUUUCUGGGGCUGGCAAUUGUGUGUGACGAAUAUUUUGUCGCCUCUCUGGAUCGAAUAUGCGAAGAAUUGAAAAUGUCACCGGAUGUGGCCGGAGCCACGUUUAUGGCUGCUGGAAGUUCUGCUCCGGAAUUAGCUACAGUAAUUAUUGGAGUGUUUUUUGCUAAGGAUGACAUAGGAAUAUCUGGCGUGAUAGGUUCUGCAGUCUUCAACAUCAUGUUCGUAAUAUCUUCAUGUGCCCUGUGCUCGGGAGCCGUUGUUUAUUUGAACUGGUGGCCUUUAGUCAGAGACUGUUUCUUCUACGCAGUAUCAAUAUUGGUAAUGCUGUUCGUCAUAUUUGAUGAAUACAUUUCUUGGGGUGAAUCCUUGGUAAUGAUAAUAACAUACCUGAUCUACUGCGUGGUGCUGCAUUUCAACACUGAGCUUGAAAAGUGGGCGCAUACAUUACCUGUACCGUUCAAACCAGCAGCUCCGUGUGAGCAAUCUGGGUUGGUGACUUACAAGACGUUGGAUGAUGAGGGUAAGCCUCCGAAUUACGGAAUCCAUCCGGACUACAGCAUUAAUCCGGACCAGAUGUGGGAAAACGGAGAACAAAGUUUUGGAAGUCAGCUUAGCGGUCCGGCGCUUAAUCAAGCCACUACCGAACCUCCACCACCACCACCAGCAGCCCCCGCACCUAGUGGUCCCGUACAACAAGAUUAUUACAGGCCUAAAGAAUACAAUCCCGAAACCGCGGUAGAUCCUUUAGUAAAACCCACCGAAGGUGGUACUUAUGCGGAGAUCUCCUGGGCGGUGGUUUAUCCCAUCCAUUACUUGUGCAGGAAGACCAUGCCCGACUGCAGGAGCGAACGGUACAAGAAUUGGUACCCGUUCACCUUCUUCGUCUCCAUGGUUUGGAUAUCUUUCUACUCAUAUUUUAUGGUGUGGAUGAUAACCAUCAUUGGGUACACUUUGGGAAUCCCAGACACAGUUAUGGGCUUGACUUUUGUGGCGGCCGGAGUGUCAGUGCCCGACGCUUUGUCCAGCAUAGCCGUGAUUAAGGAAGGGUAUGGCGACAUGGCGGUGUCCAACGCAGUGGGAUCCAACGUCUUUGACAUUCUGAUAUGUUUGGGUCUUCCGUGGUUCAUAAAAACGGCAAUCAUUAGACCAGGAACUACUGUUAAAGUUAUUAGCAAAGGCCUCACGUAUUCUACAUUGUCUUUACUUUCAACUGUGGUAUUCUUGGUGGUGGCCACUCAUAUGAAUGGUUGGAAGUUGGACAAACGUUUCGGUAUAAUCCUGAUGGUUUGGUACUUAAUUUUCAUUACUUUCGCUAGCAUGUACGAACUAAACAUUUUCGGGCCUAUGAAUCCCCCAGAAUGCCCCACCGAUUGGUAAGGCUAUCAAUGGGGUAAAACAUUCGCUUAACAAAAUAUAUGCUCAAAGAAUUAUUAUGUGUUUUCUAUGUUGUACAGGAAUCUAAAAUCUACUUAUUAGGAAUGGUACGAGAGGAUAUACUUUAAGCUUUAGAGCUAGAUAUUCGAUUGACAGGGAUAUAGGACAAUAAAGUUCCCUAUGUAGAAAAAUAGCACUUCUUCUUUAACAAAAUUUCAGCAUAUCUUAGUAAAAAAUUAUAUAUUAUAGGCAACAGGGUUUGGUUUUACUUAAACAAAAAUGUACAUAACUAUGGACCAAAUCCGGUGGUUAAUGGCCAAUCAUUGAUUUUAGAUUCCUAUAUGUAACUAAACCAAAGAGUAUUCGUAUUUAUAUAAAAAAUUGUUAAAUGUUAUAUAUAUGUAUUAGGUGUUGAAUAGUUUAUAAUUUAUUAUAUUAAGGAUGUUCGUGUUAUCUUCAAUGUUCUAAAAAUAGGUGAAUAUUUAAUUAACUUUUUGGAGCAUUGUAUAACAGCGAACAACUCUUAUCUCUAAUAUUGGUGUUACUUGUUUAAUGUUUGAAAUAUGUAUAUUAUAUUAUCAAUUUUAAAAGUAACGAUCAGCUUAUCAAUAACAUUUAAGCAUAUAAUUAUAUAUAUAUUGUAUUUAUCGGAUUUUUUAACGUUUCACAUCGCGGAGAGUUAAAAGUACUACAUAUUAAAUGUAUAUAAAAUAUCCGUGUCAAUAGUGUCCCCAAUAUAGGUGUCCACCAGAAUCUGAAUGAAUAGUCAAAUUAACAGAGGAGGUUUUUUAUAUACACCAAAUGUUUCUUGGUAAAGAUUUGGUGUAUUUUUAACACCUCUAAUUUAAGGAUAUCAAUUAUAAUAGUCAAUCUAAGAAAUAUAGUCCAUUAUAAACAUUGCUUUUAAAUGUUAUUUACUAGAAUUUAAGUGUGUAUUACGUACAUCGAUAUUAGAAAAGUUAAUUAGUUAUGAUUAGUUUCGAACUGUUAAUCUAAUUUAUUUUAAAACCUUAUGUUUAAGAGCACCUUAAAUGGUAAUAGAUGCAGUUUUAAUUUAAUCCACUUAAUUAAUUUUAUCGUAGAUUUUAUAGUCUUAUCUUAUCGUAACAAUUAAGAUCACAGUUUUUUUUAUUAAUUUUAUAAAUGACUAUUUAUAAACAAUAUUUUGUUCUAAAGAUAAAUAUUUUAGUCAAUAUAUUUAAGAUAGGAAUAGCAUGACAAUGGAAAUUGAAUGCAGUGAUAACAUAAAAAUAUUCAAUAAAAACUGUCUGAAUAUAUAGGGUCCGACCAAAACAUGCCCUCCAUUCAAUUUCCAUUAUAAAUUAUGAAAUUCUUUUAUUAUAUAGAAUUUAUAUUUUGAUAUUACUUUUCUUUAAUAUAGUAAUAGAUGUUCCUGGGCUUUAUUAUUGAAUCACAAUUUUUCGAGAAUCCUACACAGACAAAACAUCAACCGAUUUCAAAGCGAAGUCCAGGCAACAGAAACGUUUUCCAAUAUUUUUUGAUAAUUAGAUUUUAGUGAAACCUACGACAAUAAUAUCGCCUUAUGGUUAAUAAAUAGGCUACCUAGUAUUAAUUAUCACAAACUGCUUGCAGUUUAAAAACGAUGAUCAGCAAACUGCAUCGAGAAAUCAUUCACGAAAGACUGGCGAUUAUAUUUUUUGUCCAUCUACAUUGAAACAAUAUGCGGAUUGCUGAUUGUCGAAUAAAUUUUUUUAAAAUGAUCUCAUAGAAAUGUGCCGAAGAAAACACAGACAGAAUAAUUUAAAACAAUUUUUCUCGACCUACUAAAAAGAUAAAAGACAUUCUUUGGCACAUUUUAUCUCAUCUUCUUCCAUCAUGUUUGUUUCGUGAUGUUCCUUGUAAAUUUUUCCUAUUAUCUAGCGAGUAGAUAUUAAUUAAAGGGGUUCCUUUGCUAAUAUUAUUGCACAAAUUAAUUAUUCAUGUGCGCCGGUUUUUUUACGGGUUAUCUGGGGUGACUCUUGCGCAAUAAUAUCGAUUGUCCAGGAACCGCUUAAGGACUGCUUGAAUUGUGCAAUACAUACAAGGUGUUACGUAAAAUUUCACCGAUUUCAGAUAUAUUGGCCAACGAAAGUGGCACUUUGUAUGAUAUUUUAUCUGUAUUGUACUGUUCUUGUUAUAACUGAGCCAUUUUCAGACAAUAUCAUUUAAUGCGGGAGUCUUAUGAAACAUUAAAACAUGAUUUUAACAUAUUAACUUAAUGAUACAGAUGAUAAGAUGCACAUUAUUUUAGAAACACCUUAAAAGACGUAGGACUGACGAAACCUAACGAAAAGAUUGUACCUCAUGGCUUUAAAACGACUUAAUUUCUCUCAUUUGCAACACCUGACUCAGUAAUAAUGAAUUUCGCAGUAUUAAUCAACUGUAUGCUUACUAAAAACUGACAUAGAUAUUGAUUGUGGAAAAUAAUAUGGUGUUUAAAAUGUUAACUUAAUAUGUAAGAAUGUAGCACCCAUUAGAUUAUAAAGUUUGCACUUGAAAAAUUAGUGUUGAAAUGUAAUCUGAAUUUAAAAUAAAGUUUUCAAAAAGUA